CAGUUGCAGAGGAAGAUGUCGUACAUUUCUUCAUAGCAAGUGAAGUUUUUCAUGACGAAAUGGCUACAACUGUUCUACACGGAAAGGGGAAAAGUGCGAUCGACAAGUCACACAAGUAUGAUCGACAACUUCGUUUGUGGGGUGAUCAUGGCCAGGCAUCAUUGGAAUCAGCCAAAGUUUGUCUAAUUAAUGCCACAGCUGUUGGCACAGAAGUUCUGAAGAAUCUUAUACUGCCAGGUAUUGGUUCCUUUACAAUUGUGGAUGGCGGGAAAGUAACCGGAGAGGAUAUCGGUAACAAUUUUUUUCUGUGCAAGAACUCCAUAGGAAAGUCAAGGGCUCAGGUGGCCACAGAGUACCUGGCGGAGCUGAACGAAGAUGUGGAUGGCCAUUCCGUGGAAGAGUCUGCUGAUGUCUUGUUGGCCACUGACCCCAGCUUCUUCAGCUCUUUCAGCAUGGUAAUAGCAACAAACCUUUGUGAAAAAGUUCUGUUACAGUUGUCUGCGGUGCUCUGGAAGGAUGAAGUACCGCUCCUCGUCUGUCGCUCCUAUGGGUUUCUAGGCUAUAUGAGACUUGCUAUCAAAGAUCACACAGUGGUGGAGUCUCACCCAGAUAAUGCUCUUGAGGACUUGCGUCUAGAUCAGCCCUUCCAUGACCUUGAACAGUUCUGUGACUCACUUGAUCUGGACAGUAUGACAAAGAAGGAACACAGUCACACGCCCUGGUUAGUAUUAAUCUACAAGUAUCUCCAGCAGUGGAAAGCUCAGCAUCAAGGGUUACCGCCCCAAAACUAUGCCCAGAAAAGGGAGUUGAAGGAAGAGAUACGGAAAGGUAUUCAUAAAAAUGAGGAGGGUGUUCCCGAGGAUGAGGAGAACUUUGAGGAGGCUAUUCUACACCUGAAUUCUGCCCUGGUUCACACACAGAUUCCACCAGAAGUUAAGAAACUGCUUGAGCAUGAAUCUUGUAACAACCUGCACUCUGAGAGUAAACCGUUCUGGAUACUGGUUAAGGCUCUCAAGGAUUUCACAGAAAAUGAAGGACAAGGUCAACUCCCUCUCCGAGGCACCAUUCCUGACAUGACAGCCGAUUCAGAGAGAUAUAUCCAGCUACAGAAUGUGUACAGAAAACAGGCAGCUAAAGACGUGGCUUCUGUUACCAGACAUGUGCAGAAGACUCUGAAGGAGUUGGGCAAGGCCAAACUGUUGCCGCCAGACAUUGAUUUGACCACAACAAAUCUGUGCAGUAUAUCCGAGCAGGAUAUAAAGACCUUCUGUAGAAAUGCAGCGUUUCUGCGCAUGAUACAUUGUUCCAGUAUUGCUGAAGAGUACAACAAAGAAACCAUGAAACUGAGGGAGAUAGCCAACCAUUUGGAAGACGAGGACUGUGAUGAUCUGGUGUUUUAUGUGUUGAUUCGAGGUGUCGACAAGUUCUAUGAGGAGUAUAAUCGUUAUCCUGGCUGGUACAAUGGCCAGGUGGAAACCGAUAUCCCCCUGAUGAAGACCUGUGUGUCAAGACUUCUGCAUGAUUGGGGAUUAAAUGCAUCUAUCAAGGAUGACUUCAUCCAUGAAAUGUGUCGCUACGGUGCUGCAGAGCUGCACACAGUCUCGGCCUUCAUUGGCGGAGCUGCUGCCCAGGAGAUCAUCAAAGUGUUAACCACACAGUUCCUUCCAAUCAACAACACAUUCAUCUACAAUGCUAUGAAACAGACAUCUCUCACGGUGGAGCUGUGAAGCAUUGUGACACUGGCUUAGUGGUUUAGUUGGGACGCCCAACUCGUUAGCCUAGUGCUUUAAAACUAUUUGGACAGCUUGACUCACAGACCAAUUUCAAAGUGCUUUACUACUUGAUACCCAGGCUAUUACUACUCUUUUUUUCUGAUUUGGACAAAAAGGCUAAUGGUAGUCCAGUUCAUACAAGUACGUCAUAUAUCGAUUAAAUAUUGCUUGUUGGGGCAAACAGAGAUUCUGCUGAUCUUCAAUGUUUGCAAAAUGUUAUCACGAAGGUCAGUUAAACAGGUAUGCUUAAACGUGGUGUAAUGUUAUUCUGUACCUUGAUUAGAAUGCAGCUCUACGAAUCAGAUGGCCGACGCCGUUAGAACAGAUAGUAGAGUGUCCACUUGGUGGUAGAUCCAGGGUCAAUCCUUACUCUUCUUACAAGCUUACUUGCCUUCGGUAAGUCGUCUCAGUGAAGCAGCACUAGAAAAAGAGCGGUGGAAAUCAGCGCAUUACAUGCACUCAAACGAUUCCUUCGUCGUCAUAUGAAUAAAAAAUUGUUAACUACGACGUUAAACCCUAAUCACGAAUCAGUUGCACCUUUACUUCUACUCUAUUUUACCUGCAGUACUCUUUGGGCUUUCAGAAGCCUAUAGUAAAGUGAUCAUAAAGUCUGCCACUUUAUAUACAUAGAAAAAAUGAUAUAUGACACAGGUAUCACAGAAAAAUAUGUAAACAACUCUUUAAAUUUUUGAAAGCAAAAAGAUGAAGUUCAGCAUUGGGGAUAUGGCAUUGACGGACAAUUCACUCCGAGCAGCCAUGUUGUUGAAGCCCUUAUGGACUUGACCAAUCACUAGCACUAAAAGCGUCACAUGAUAAUUAGCUGUCACGUCGAAAAACCUAAUAGCUUUCUAUUGUGGUUUCUUAUAGUGGAUAGACAGAUAUCGAUACAAUAAAUUAGGUUUUGCGAUUGGCUUAAGUGUUCAACUGAUCAAUGUAUUCUGAACCAUACAUUUAUGAGCAAGAAACUGAGAUAUUUGGCAAUUUUGUUUAUUUUUUUUUUCAUUUUCGUGCCCAGCCAUGUACACUGGAACCGUAUAACAUAGUUUAGUACCAAUGACAUUCAAGACUGUGGACAUCCGGACACUUCACUCGUACGAGGCAGCGCCAAACAGACGACGAGGUAAAAGAUAACAUGGGAGGGUUUAGAGAAAUGAACAACACUGGAUGAUAUUUAGGGAAGUAGGGCUGAUAAUAACCAGAUAUUGUAGGAUGUAAAGCCCCGUCCAGACUAUCCAAAAUUACUCAACUGAUGUCGACUCAACAAGAGUCAACUUAAAGUUUAGUGGACAAGCUGAGACCCGUCGAGAAGUCUGGACGGGUUCCUCAACUUCGUUCAACAACGGUCAGCACUAUCCAACUCGGGUGAAUCGGAAAUGUGCAUGUGUAUUUUUUGUCAACAAGAUGAGUGAAGCUGAGUGGAAGUAACUAAUCAGCGGGUGUGUAGAAAUAACGUGACCGUCGUAAAGCACAUGACCUGGGCAAAAUGGCGACAAAAGAGAGAAACCGGUCUCAUGAUGAGACGUCUUCUACGCCGAACAGCCAUGACAAUUAGCGCAGCCGAUAAACCCACGACACGAUUCUUCCGGCUGCAACACAACAGUGUGCACUACAGACACAAAUUGUGAACGUCAA